AUGGGUAACCAGAGCUCCAAAGGCGCUGGUGGGGCAAGUACUCCCAAGAGCAGUGCAUCGCAGACAUCAUUAGAUAAGGGAGGAGACAAUCUUCAGUCUUACCCUUCAUUCAGCAAAGCAGAUACGAAAGAGUCGACACGGUCACUUCGAGGAGCGUUAAGGUCAAAAAUCCCCGGCAAGACCGACAGUCCUCGCAACUCGACAUCGGGAUUCAGUAGUACUGAUGCGGGAAUAGCAGAUAAAUCAGAUGCGGCAUCUGUCCGCUCUGGCAGAAGCUCGCGAUCUGGCGUAUCGCGGACGGGUCGUCUUGAUGAUUCUCAAUCGGCGUUAUCCCAAGUCCCUCAGGAUUCUGACGAUGACAACAAUGAUAACCCCAAAGCACCUCCAUCUCCGAUCCAAUCUGCCUCUAUAAUCAAAGGUCAUCACGAUGUCGCUGCAGCUCAGCGAAGCGGAGAGAUUGACCAGGUGUCUGAUCAACCACCGUCCGGAGGUCUUAAGAAUCAACAACAGGGCCAGCUUGCUGGGCAAUCGAUUCUGGUGAAGAGACCUGAUGCAAUCAACCCAAUCACGAAGGAAGCCGAACCCGUUCCUGUCGCUCCCGAGCCGAAAGAUAGCGCUGCCUCGACACCGAUAGCUAUGGCGGAGAUGAAUAAUGCAGAUGUGGAUGACUAUAUCAAGCGCCUUCUGGACGCAGGGUAUGCCGGCAAGAGCACUAAAGGUGUUUGUUUGCGCAAUGCGGAGAUCACAUCCAUUUGCACAAAAGUCAGGGAGAUAUUUUUGGAGCAGCCACCACUGAUUGAGUUGGAAGCUCCAGUCAAGAUCGUUGGGGAUAUUCAUGGCCAAUACUCUGAUCUUAUUCGAAUGUUCGAAAUGUGUGGAUUCCCUCCUAGUUCCAAUUUCUUGUUCUUAGGCGAUUAUGUCGACAGAGGAAAGGCAUCGUUGGAGACAAUGUUGCUGUUGAUGUGCUACAAGAUCAAGUAUCCGGAAAACUUUUUCUUGUUGAGAGGUAACCACGAGUGUGCAAAUGUUACACGAGUAUACGGAUUUUAUGAUGAGUGUAAGAGAAGGUGCAAUGUCAAAGUAUGGAAGACUUUUGUAGACACGUUUAAUUGCCUUCCAAUUGCCGCAAUUGUAGCAGGAAAGAUAUUCUGUGUCCACGGUGGAUUAUCGCCAGCACUUAGUCACAUGGACGAUAUCAGGCACAUUGCCCGACCGACAGACGUACCCGAUUUCGGCUUGCUCAACGAUCUGUUAUGGUCGGAUCCCGCGGAUCAAGAAAAGGAUUGGGAAUCUAGUGAACGUGGAGUCAGUUAUUCUUUCGGCAAGAAGGUUAUAACCGAGUUUUUGGCUAGACAUGAUUUCGACUUGGUAUGCCGGGCACAUAUGGUUGUUGAAGAUGGAUACGAGUUUUUUGAAGAUCGCAUUUUGGUGACGGUGUUUUCUGCUCCCAACUAUUGCGGGGAGUUUGACAAUUAUGGUGCGGUGAUGAGUGUUUCAACGGAAUUGUUAUGCAGCUUCGAGCUUUUGAAGCCUUUGGAUUCGAGUGCUCUAAAGAGUCAGAUGAAGAAGAGCCGAAACAAGCGCAACAGUAUGGUCAACAGUCCUCCACCUGGCGGAGCAUUCCCUCAGAGCGUCUGA